UUCCCCUCUCCCUCUAAGUUUCAACAUAAUCAACCUCCAAAUUUCAACCUCUUGUCUUUAAUUUUGUUCAAAGAGGGAAUUUGAAAUCUUGAAACCCUUAUUUAGAAAUAAAUUUCGUGUUCUUGUUUUUCUCUGAUAUCAUAAUCUGUUUUUUUUUUCUCACUUGUUCCUUGAGCUUUAAGAAAGACAACUAUAGGACUUAGGGUUUCUGUUUUGUGGAAGUUUCACACUGUUUUCGACAAGAAAUUUUUAAAUCAAGAUCAAGAAUACGACUGAGUAAAUCAUUUGAAGAAAUUAUAGAUAAAGAAAAUGGUAGGAUCAUUUUUACCACCUGGUUUCAGAUUUUAUCCAACAGAUGAAGAACUUGUAGGUUAUUACCUGCACAGAAGAAACGAAGGGCUUGAGAUCGAGCUCGAAAUAAUCCCAUUAAUGGACUUAUACAAGUUUGAUCCUUGGGAACUUCCAGAGAAAUCCUUCUUGCCAAAUCGAGAUAUGGAAUGGUUUUUCUUCUGUCAUCGCGACAGAAAAUACCAGAACGGAUCUCGAAUAAACAGAGCAACUAAAUCUGGUUAUUGGAAAGCCACUGGCAAAGAUCGAAAAAUCGUUUGCCACUCUUCUUCUUCUUCAUCAUCUUCCUCUAUCACCGGCUGCCGAAAAACCCUAGUUUUUUAUAUGGGUCGAGCUCCUUUUGGUGGUAGAACCGAGUGGGUAAUGCAUGAGUAUCGCCUCUUCGACAACGAUACUUCACAAGGAUCACUAAACUUCAAGGGAGACUUCGCGCUGUGUCGUGUGAUAAAGAGGAAUGAGCAUACGCUUAAGAAAUGUGAAAUUAUCUCACCAGAGGUUUCAGAUGAGUCAUUAAGCAAUAAUGUUAACAAUUUUUGUCAAGCAAGUGACCUAGAAAAGGGUUCUUGUGAUGCAAGUAACACACGUUUGUCUUCUCCUGAUUUCAUCCUUGAAUCAUCUUUUCAGGGAAAUUCACAUUCAAAAACAGAAGAAGAUUCCGGUUUCCAAGUAUUUACAUUACCCGAAUUCGAAUAUCCGCUAGAGGUUUUUGCAGAUUUGAAUUUCGAUUUGGAAAUGGAGGAUCCAUUCAUGUUCGAUUAUCAUCCAGAGCCUCAUAUGAACAAUGAAGUCAUGAGCCAUCACAUUCGUGGGUAA